AAUAUUUUAUGAAGAACGGUAUGGUCAGUUUUGUAAGAAUCAACGAUACUUAAUCAUUCGAUGUUUGCAGACGCUUGCUACAAAUUCGCCCUUGAAAGCCUGAAGAAGUGUAUCAUGAUGGAGCCGAAAGCUAACUUUUUUUUUAGCCCGCAUCUCUUAUAUCAUAAGUUACUCAUGGUAUAUUUUGGUGCUAUCUACGAUUUUGAAGAAGCUCUUGGACGGGUUCUCUAUAUUCCUAAAGGCAUGACUAAAAACACUGUCGAAAAAUAUUACAACUGUGAAGAAGUCAAUCAAUUUUGUUACAUAGUAAAAGGAUUCGAGAACUCUUAUACAUGUCAAACUUACUGUAAAAUUAUGAUUGAUGACUCAAAAGGGUUAUACGUCGAGACAAUGAAUAUAUUUUCAGCUACCAAUUCAGUAAAGGAAUGCAAUUUCAGAUACCGUCCUGAACUCAAAAGGCAUUUCGUCAAUAAUACUGUUAAAUGCUUGACACAAGGCGGCAUACAGAACAUGCUACCAUCGAACAGUAUCGAUAAUACCACUGAAAUAAUCAUGUUCAAUACGAUCUACUGCAAGGGUCAAUUUGACAGUAGUUACGAUUUUGAUAUCAGUAAUAACGAGAAUAAAGAACGUGUCAUAGUCAAACAAGCUAACUGUAAGAACAAAAAUUUCAAUAAUCACAAAUCUGAACAUCUGGAUGUAUGUAUUAUAGAGGUGCCUUGCAAAGAAAGUAUGAUAACAACGUUUUUCUUCUUUCCAUCACUCGAUUUAAAGAAUGAUAAAAAUUUGACAGAGAGUGAAAAACUAAUAAAACUAAUAGAACAACUAACGACUGAGGAAGGAUCUCAAGAACUUCGCAAAUUGUUGGAUAAUGGGAUGACACAACAAGUAGACACGUCGUUUCCGAUAUUCAAGAUCGAGCAUGACAUGCCAAUAUAUGAACUGUUAGAUAUGCUGGGCAUUCCAGAUUUUACGCCCGACUUAUGCACAGCCGAACUACAUGAGUUUAGUUCUCACAGCUUGAAACUUGGCGAUGCCGUGCAUCGUGUAAAUAUUAACCUGACGAAGAGUGAUAUCAUCGCAACCGCGAGUAACGUAUUAUUCACCUACAAUGGUUGUGAACACGUGCGAAAAGUCCCCGAGACGGUGGAUAUUACGUCUCCGGGUAUCUGUUUGAUUUACGAUAGAUCACAUAGCAGCAUCAUUUUCUGUGGCAUGUUAUGCUGGCUCGACGUUUACGUCAAGAUCAAUUCUAAAUCAAUUGAAGAAUCUGUAAUGAGAAAGCUCUUCGGUAGCUCCUGGUACAUACAUCCUACUUGUGUAUCUCUCGGUCGAGAGAUCAACGAGUCUGCGUAUUUCGCCAGAAUUUCGAGUCGAUGGAAGCGGGCUGAAGAAGCAGGCUAA